UUAUUUUAAACAACCGCGGCGAGCGCAUAGAAUACGCGAAACGAACCGAAAAUCUGAAAUCCCAAGCCAGCGAUCCGACUAUCCGAAUCAGAAUCAAAAUCAGAAUCGAUAUUAGAAGUGCAGAACCAAACGAAACGUUUGGCAACGCGAAUCGGAGAUUCCUGCGCCAGUUAAUUCUUUGUUUUCCUAUUUUUUUUCGAGUUAAAUUCUGUGGCUUAUAGUGCGAAUCGAAGUCCGUUGGAAAAAGCGUUUAAUCGUCCUGAAGCCAAUAUCCCGCGAUGGGCAAUGCCGGCUACACUUGCAUACGCCGCACAUUCUGCUGGCUCAACAUCAUUCUAUGGCUGUGUAGCUGUGCGUUUUUAGGAGCGGGACUCUGGUUGCGACUGAGCUACGCGGGAUACGCCACUUUGCUGCCCCAGCACGCCGGUCUGAGUGCGGACACCAUCUUCAUGGGCAUCGGGGGCACCGGGUUUGUGGUCAGCUUCUUUGGCUGCUGCGGCGCCUGGGUGCAGUCCCGCUGUCUCCUGGUAUUGUACUUCAUGCUGAUUGUAAUGCUGUUCAUGAGCGAGUUCCUGGUUGGCUCCAUCGCCUUUCUCUUCCGCGGCGGACUGGGACGGACUUUGGCCAACGAGCUGCGCUUCGGGAUCGAGCGGCACUACAACAGCAGCGAUCGGGGAUCUCUGGUGGCGCCUUCGGUGGCCUCCAUUUGGGACAGCGUGCAGCAGUCGUUCGAGUGCUGCGGCGUCUCCUCCUACGAGGAUUGGUAUGACAUCCAGUCGUGGCCAGGCAGGCGCUGGGUGCCCGAGUCCUGCUGCAGGACCCUCUACGACCAGCGCCAGGUACUCACCGAAGGAUCCGGCGACGGAAUGAUGCGUCCGGACUGCGGCAGAUCUGAGAACCCGUCGCUGUGGUGGGACAAGGGCUGUGCCCACUCGCUGCAGAGCUGGUUCACUGGCCAGUUGAACGUGGUGGGCGCGGUGGGACUGGGCAUUGCCUUCGUCCAGCUGUUCGGGCUGAUCACCUCGAUGCUGCUGUUCUGCACGGUGAAGCACAAGCGAGCCUCGGACACCUACAAGUCGUACUCCCCGUCGAUCGAUCCUCAGACCCGCACCAGCAGUUGGGAGGAUUGAACGCGCCUGUGACGGUGGUAGGCGGACUUCUAAAUUGGGGGGUUGGGGUCGGCCCCCCGAACUCCCUGUCGCUAUCUCUAUUCCUUUUGUUAACUCUUUUAGUUUCUAAUUUAUUCUGCGAAAUGUGCCAAAAAUUAAUUUAAUUCAAAGUGUAUUUUUUUGUUUUUUUGUUUGUAAUCUGUAGGCGAAGACAAGUCGAACAAAAUUGAACUGGCAGCAAGAUGGCAGAUUCGCACUGGACGCAGUGUGAACAUGGCAUAAUGCUGCCGGUGAAACAAUCACAUAUUUAGUUAGCGGUGUAUCCAUAUUGUGAUGUGCUCUCUAGUAGUAUAGUAUAAGGCCCAAGGCCCGAAACGCACCUAGAACAGGGUAUAUUGCGUUCCAUACUUAUCAGGCUGGCUGCUUAGCUGCAAGAGUACCUGACAUACGAGUAUAUACAGCUAGUGCGAGUCGGGAUCCUUGGACCUGGAUAUGCUUAUGCUCGUAACCCUUCAAUUAAACCAAUAUAUCAACUAUAUAUUUAUACAUAA